AAUCAAACCCAAGUUUAUAUAACAGACACCCUUUCCUCUCCAUCCUCGACUCCUUCCUAGCCAGAACUCUGAAGAAAAGCAGUAAAAAUGGACAGGAAGAGGGUAGGCAUUGUUGGUGCUGGUGUGAGCGGCCUAGCAGCCUGCAAGCACGCACUAGACAAGGGAUUCAGCCCGGUAGUAUUCGAGGCCGAUGACACCAUUGGUGGAGUGUGGGCGCAUACCUUGGAGUCAACGAGGCUUCAGGCGCCUACGACAUCAUUCCGGUUCUCAGACCUGGCAUGGCCUGCAAGCGUGACAGCGACGUACCCAGGCCACCGGGAAGUCAUGGAGUACAUCAGGUCGUACGUGUGCGAGUUUGACCUCCUUAAGUGUAUCAAGUUCAAUAGUCAGGUGUUGGGAGUUGAAUACCUUGGUGCGACCGAGGAAGAGAUCAUGGAGUGGGAGCAUUGGUCUGGCAAUGGGACGGCAUUCGGAGCUGGCAAGGAUGGAGGGUGGAGCAUCACAGUGAAGGACCUGAAAAUUGGUAAUGUUGAGGUUUUUCAAGUGGAUUUUCUCAUACUGUGCAUCGGAAGGCAUAGUGGGACCCCAAAUAUCCCAGAAUUUCCAGCUAAUAAAGGGCCCGAGUUGUUCAAGGGAAAAAUAUUGCACUCUAUAGACUACUCUUACAUGGACAAUGUAGCUGAAUUUGUUAAAGGGAAGAGUGUGACAAUAAUUGGGUCUGGAAAAUCAGCAUUUGACAUUGCUGCGGAGGUUGCCAAGGUGAAUGAUGUAGAUCAGCCAUGCACCAUGAUAUGUAGAACGAGGCACUGGCUGGUUGAUAAAUCUAGCAUAUGGGGAAUUAACCUUAGUUACUUCUAUCUUAACCGCAUCUCGCAACUACUUGUUCAUAAACCUGGUGAAGGAUUUCUGCACUAUUUAUUGGCUAGUGCACUCUCCCCCUUGAGAUGGGCAAUUACAAAAGUAAUUGAAACCUACUUCAAGCAAAGGAUUCCUCUAGAAAAGCAUGGGAUGGUACCGGACUACAGCUACUCCUUCGCCAUGUCUUCUUGCUUGAUUGCAUUGCUACCAGAAGGGUUUUAUGACAGGGUUGAUGAGGGCAGCAUUAUUCUAAAAAAGUCCAAGAGGUUCAGCUUCUGCAGCAAUGGAAUCAUACUGGAGGAUGGAAAUGAAUGCAUAAAAAGUGAUAUUGUAAUUCUAGCAACAGGAUUCAGAGGAGACCAGAAGCUUAGGGACAUCUUCACAGCAAACUGGUGUAGGAAUAUAGUGGUUGGAUCAUCGGAUACAUCAGUUCCUUUAUACAGAGAAUGCAUCCACCCUCGAAUUCCUCAGUUGGCAAUAGUUGGAUACUCUGAGAGCCUUACCAACAUAUAUGCCUCGGAGAGGAUGGCCAAUUGGGUAAUCCAUUUCCUAGCUGGCGGAUUCCAGUUGCCAAGCAUAAGAUGCAUGGAAGAGAAUGUAGCAGAGUGGGCAAAGUACAAGGAUCUUUACAAUGGAAAAUAUUUCCGCAGAUCUUGUAUAAGCACCGUGAAUAUUUGGUUUAAUGAUUUGUUGUGCCAAGACAUCGGAUGCAACCCUAGAAGGAAGAAAGGAUUCCUGGCUGAAUGGUUCCAGCCAUAUGGGCCUGCUGACUAUGCAGGUAUUUGCUGAAGACAACAGCACAUUUCUCACUAGUGUAUUCAAUAGGAAAAGAAGCUGAGACAAGAGUGCUACCUUCAGGGCUCUAUAGAUGAUUUUAGGAAGUGUUUGUCUUGGCAAGUUUAGUGUUACCAUAACUACAGAAAAAUAGCUCUACACUUUUCUGAAUGCAUCAGUGCUCUUAAGAUGCCCUUUGCCCUUUCAGAGUGGCUAGAGGAGGACUAGAUGCCUCCCAUAGUUUUGUUUGUUUUGAUUUUUAAGUCAUUUGGACUCUUGUGAAAUGUAUUUUUUUAUUACUAUUGUAUAAUAUAUAUAUUCACUGGUACUGGGUUUUCAUUCUA